UGUAGUUUGGUGCGAUCCAUCUCAACCAUCAACAGCAACUUCACUACAACCUCUGAUGGCGAUUUCUAGGGUUUUAUUCUUCCCAAUUCAACCAUUCUUUAUUCAAAAGCUUCAACAUAUGAUGUUCACUUUUCAACCUUCGAUCUCUUGUUCGGUGACAAGUAGGUGUUCUGCAGAUGUGAUAUUUCCCCUGCAUUUCAUGUUUUUUAUAUCUAUACAAUCUACAUGACUAGGUCAGUUUACGCAACCUUCUCUUUUAAAUAAUCUGUAAAAUUACAUUACUUUUAUCAUCUGCUGUUUGCCUUUCAUUUUCACCUGAUGUAGCUUCACAUCCAAUUCAGAAUUUGAUGCUCCCGGUUUCAUCUUUAUAUUUGUUUUUGUCACAACAAACUCUGACAUUCUCAUCCUAACCAUUUAUAUAUUUUAUAAUAGUAAGUAAAAGGAGCAGGCAAGACUUGGUAGUAUUCCCAUAUAGAAAAUUCAAUUGGGGCAAUUGUUAUAUUUGGGAAGGUUAUGUAGUCUUAAUUGAUGGUGUUUCAUAUUGGAGAUUUUGGUAACUGAAGUGAUCCAUACAUAAUGGGGAAGCAAGGGUCUAAACAAGGAGAUCUUAGUUCGCCAUUUGCAUCAUUUCAGUAUCAAUUUAGAUAUCAGAAAAUGGUGCAAGGGAGUGAUCCUACAGCGGGGAAGAAGUUUGAGUUGCUUCAUGGGUUAAGGAGUAACUCCAUGAAGUUUGGUUCUUUUAAGGGUGCUUAUGUUGGUAAAAGGCAUACUUGGAUCCGUAAACAUUUUUCAUCCAUUGUUUUCACAGUUGCAUUGAUGGGUUUUCUUUUUCUUUUGGAUUCUUUUUUGGGUUCCAUCUUUGAACCAUCGGUUCUUGAAAGUAGUCCCACGCCUGCAAAAUUGUCUAGUGAGUUUGGAGAUGAUGAUGGCAAAAAUGUGGUGCAGAUGUAUGGCCGCCUUGCAAGCAUGGCUUCUGGUGCUCUUGUAGAGAGAGAGCUUAAACAAGAUGAGUCAAAAUUCUGGGAGGAAUCUUAUCGUCAAGCAUCAGUUUGGAGUCCUUGUGCAGAUAGAAAGGAAUUGAUAAGUGCCGAAAAACUUCAAAGCAACAACGGUUAUAUAUUGGUUAGCGCGAAUGGAGGUCUAAAUCAACAACGGGUUGCUGUUUGCAAUGCUGUUGCUGUAGCGUCACUACUAAAUGCAACAUUAGUUAUUCCAAGAUUUCUUUACAGCAAUGUAUGGAAGGACCCCAGCCAGUUUGGUGAUAUUUAUCAAGAAGAGUAUUUCAUAAAGACAUUGAAGGAUGAAGUUAAUAUAGUGAAGGAUCUCCCUCCUCAUUUGAAAUCGCUAGACUUCAAAGAAAUGGGCAGUCUGAUAACUGAUUCAGAUAUCAGCAAGGAGGCAACACCUGCCGAGUACAUUGAGAAAAUACUUCCUCUAUUAUCAAAAAACGGAGUUGUUCAUUUCCUUGGAUACGGAAACCGGCUUGGUUUUGACCCGUUGCCUUCUGAACUACAGAGGUUAAGAUGCAAAUGUAACUAUCAUGCUUUGAAGUUUGUGCCCAAAAUUCAAGAAAUUGGUUCGUUGCUGAUUAGAAGGAUAAGAAAUUAUGAUGGCCCAAGAAACAAAUUAGAUAAGCGAUUACUAGGAAACUUCAUCACCGAUGGCCGGUUAAAUGGGAAUGAUAUGGACAGAAGGCCACUUAAGUAUCUUGCUUUGCACUUGAGGUUUGAAGUCGAUAUGGUAGCAUACUCUUUAUGCAAUUUUGGUGGUGGACAAGUUGAGAAAGCCGAACUCCAAGCUUAUCGGGAAGACCAUUUUCCAUUGCUCAUGCAACGAUUGAAGAAGUCAAAGCCUGUUUCUGCAGAAGAACUAAGAAGUUCAGGAAGGUGUCCACUAACACCAGAAGAAGCUGCAUUGGUUCUAGCUGCUCUUGGUUUUACGAGUGAUACAUAUAUCUAUCUUGCCGGAUCCCAAAUAUACGGAGGAGAGUCAAGGAUGAGCCCGUUGACUAAUUUGUAUCCUCGUUUGAUCACGAAAGAGGAUCUCCUCUCCCCGAGUGAAAUUGCACCGUUUAAGAACCUCUCUUCUCAGCUAGCAGCAUUGGACUUCAUUGCCUGUGCAACUGCCGAUGUAUUCGCGAUAACAGAUUCCGGCAGCCAGUUAUCUUCUCUAGUCUCUGGUUUCCGAACCUAUUACGGUGGCGGCCAUUCUCCGACGUUGAGACCUAGCAAGAAGAGACUGGCAGACAUCUUGUCAACGAACCAAACCAUAAGAUGGACGGAUUUUGAAGCUAGAGUAACGAAGAUGAUCACUGAAUCUCAGACCGUACGAAUGAGAGGUUGGGGACGAAGCAUUUAUAGACAGCCGAGAUGCCCCGAAUGUAUGUGCAAGUUCCAGUAACCGAAUAAAUCUUUCUCCAGUUUUUUAGAUCCUUGUUUCCCGUUGAAAUGCUUCGAGUAAACACAACAACGAAGAUGAAUUAUGUUUCGUUGUCAUGCAAGGAGUUGCACAGUUGGUUCCGAGUUGGUAUACUUGUAGAAACUUUCUUUUGUUCGUUUUUUUGAGAAAUUAAACAAAGGGUAUGAACAAAUUCAUUACGGUUAAGGAUAAUAAGGCUCUAAGCGGGCCGGGUCGGGUUGGAAACUGGAUUUGGUAGCUCGAUGUUUUUACUAUGAACGGAACAGAGCUCGAAUAGCUUGAAAAUAUGUGUGGGAACCGUCUUCGAUUAAGUAAGUUUGAGUUUAGCUCAACGAUGAGAACUUCGAUAAGAAUUAUAUUCAAAUUCUUGUAAGCU